UCCCUCUCCCUUUCUUAUUGCUUGUGUCCUUUUUUCAGAUUGUGUGUGUGGUCUGUAGAGAGAGAGAGUUUUGGCCGUAACUUUAAGCAUGAUUGGGGAUAUACUUGGGGAAAUCUUGUCGAGUGAGUGUUGGUGAAUAACUCCAUAGAUUUUGUUAGUUUAAUCAAUAGCCAGAGCACGGUUUUCGGGCCGAAGUGAACAGUAGUGAACUCAAGUAACACAAUCUCUCUCUUGAAGUAGUCUGCAUGUUAUUUUCAAAAUAGUGAAACGCGAGGAAGGGCGGCUCUUCACAGAGUUCGACAGUCAUUAAUCGAAGGCUGGUCGGAUGGUUGUGAUCGAAUUCGACGUACCCCGAUCCGUCUCUCUCUCCGCGCUGGACGAAAACAAUGUGACCCUUAAAGAUUCCCCCGAGAAUGGGGGACAGGAAUCCAACAAGAUGGUUCCAAGAGCAACACUCAUCUGUAGACCAAAUUCACACCCUUUCCAGGAGAGAAAUCUCAGCCUGGAAAGUGCCAUGAAAGUUGGGCGCUCAGUGGCAAGAGUGAAGCCUGCUGUCAACAAUGCCAUAUUUGAUUGUAAAGUGUUAUCUAGGAACCAUGCUUUGCUAUGGUACAAAGAUGGAAAGUUUUAUUUACAAGACACCAAAAGCAGUAAUGGCACAUUUGUGAACAAUCAGAGAUUAAGUAAAGGAUCUGAAGAAUCAGCACCAAGAGAAGUGUGCUCUGGUGAUAUAGUACAGUUUGGAGUAGAUGUUAUGGAAAAUUCAAGAAAAGUUACUCAUGGUUGUAUUGUAGCCACUGUAAAGCUAUAUUUACCUGAUGGCAAAGAAGCCAAAGCCAGUCCUUCAACUGGAAUUCAAGAAGAGGAAGACAGUUGUGAACUUGGCAAACAAGAUCUCUAUCAGCUUAAUCAAUGGAUACAGGAAGCAGUAAUCAGAGAACAAGUAUUAGAAACGAAAUUAGGAUCGUUGCAGCGUAUUGUGAGCGCUACUCGUGAAGCAGCUGAAAUGGGCUGGACGGCGCUGAUGGAGGAAGAUAGACUAUUGACUCGAAUAGAAUCUCUCGAAAAUCAGCUUGUCGUCUCUUCUAAAAACUUUCACGAAGACAAAUUACGUGAAGAGAUCCGUAAGUUGUAUGACGAGAAAAACAUUUAUCAGGAUGUUUCGAAAGAAUCAUUACGGAAAGUGCUCACAGAGAAAAUGGAAACUUUGAAGAAGUUACAGGAAACUGAACGAUCAUUGAGUAACGCUGAAGACGAACGCGACAACAUGAAAGAAUUGAACGAUAAACUGAAUGAACAAAUACUAGAAUUAGCCGAGAAAUUCGAAAAAGAAUCGGAAGAGUUACAGUCGUGCAAGAAAAAGUUGCAAGAAGCCGACAACCAACAACUUCGUCAUGAGCAGGAGAUGCAAUCAAGGCAAGAAGCCCUUCGAGAAGCUCAAGAAAAAGAAACGAUUCUUCUAGCUCAGGUGGAAAGUAGACAAGCGGAAAUCGAUUUCACCAAAGAGCAGCUCGCCAAUCUCAGACUACGUCUCGAUUCAAUGAAAGCAACAGAAGAAUUGAAGAAGGAUGAGAACGAAAUAAGCGGGGAUGAAGUGGAAGAUAAGAGCAACGUCAAAGAAAACCAGACGGAAACAUUGAGACAAAGGGUGAUCCAGCUCGAGUCGCAACUUAAAACUUCCCAUGCAAAGAAUCUAAAUGGAGACUUUGUCCCAGAUCCUAUUGGAUACAAGUCAAAAGAAGUGGAUCGCCUACAAGGUUCAUGCACGUGGGAUUGUUAUCUUUACCGCAAUCAGUUGGCAUGUUGUAGUUUAAUUUUACAAGAGCUUUUGGAAGAAACGCGCGCCAAGUGCCGUGUACUUGAGUCAGAAGUGGAGAGACGGCAGUUAGAGGCACAAGAUGGUUGGUCUACAGCCGCACAUCUACAGCAAUACUUUAGAAACCUGCACAACGUUCUCAAAGGCUCAUCUGAGCAGGAAGAUGAAUCCGCUGAUGAACCAUCUGAGCUCGCUGAGCUCGUCCGUUCCAGUAUCGUUUCACUCAAUAAUGAGUACCAAGAACUUCGAGAAGCUAAUGCGAAGAAUAAGGAUCUUAUUUCGCUAUUGACCUUACGACUAAGUAAUUACGAAAAGGAAGAGAAAGCCAAUCGUGUCAGUGAAACCACCGCUCAGAGAGGUUCAACCUCAGAAUUGGAAUAUCUCAGGGACGAAGUUGCUAUCCUCACCAUCCAGUUGAAAGAGAUGGAAGUGUCGAGGAUAGAGCAAAUUGAGGAACGCCAGAAAUGGCAACAAGCCUACCAGUCGCUAGCUCUCAGCGUAGAGAAUCGGGACAGUGGAGUGGUUAGCGGAUUUAGCAGUCCAAUCAGUAAUCCACCGAGUUCCCGUGAUCCUGAAAUGAGAGAUUCUGGCAUCCGGGAACUUAAUUCCGGAGAAGAUGCUAAUUCGGAAGAAUAUGUUACCAUGCAGCAAUUGUCUGAGGUACGAAACGAACUCGAAGCUUUACGGCGCCACUACGAAAAUGUACAAACGGAAAAGAAGGAGCUAGAAGAAGAAUUCUCCCAGUUAAAGGACAACUACUCGUUACUAUCUUCUCAGUCAAAAACGGUUGGCCGCUGGAUGUAUGUAGUCCCGUUGGCCGUCCUUGUCUUGGCGGUCCUCAUAGCUUUCAGGCCAUCGGAUUGAAAUAACGAUAAAUUAAAAGACAGAAAAGGGGAAGCACCAAUUCUAUUUCAUCCUUUGUCUUCCUUUAGAAAACUAAAUGUGUGUGCCUUCUAAAAGACAUAUUCUUUUUGUCAGCUGAGAGUCCGUCAACUCUUUUUUUUUCCUCACGUGAAACUGAACGAAGAGGGAAUAAGAAAAGGAUUUGAACACAAAACAAAUAAGAAGCUAUUUGAAUUCUUCGAUAGUCUGCUUGAUUUUGGAUUCUCCUUUUCCCUCUCGCUUAGGUUCUGUUUUCUCACAUUUUUUUUUCUUCAGCUGUAUUUGUUACCUUCUUAUUAUUGGCUUUCUUUUCUCUCGUUCGUCGACUUGUGUUUAUGUGCCUUCAAAAUUUAUUUUAGAGAUGAAUUUAUUGUUUUUGUUAGUUCAAUAUCCGUGGCCAAAAAAACAACGCAAACAAAAACAACAAAACAUUUUUCGCUCUGUAUGUUUGCUUCGAUUUACUUUAUUCUUUAACUUUCAUUUUUUUUCUCGUCUUAAACUAACACCGCAUUGACGUAAGAAAUUUAUGCUAACGGUGGACAUAUAGAGAACAAAAAAAAGCUGAUCCAUCGAUUAUUUUCCUUUCUCUCUUUUUCUCUGUUUGUUUGUUUUUUUUUUUGUUUUUUUUUGCUGUGCCUCUUGUUUGUUUUUUUUCGUGUUUGUCUGCGCGUUUUCUGUAGGCGACGGCGUUGUGUCUCAUGCCCUUGCUCGUAUUGUUCAUCUCGUUCUUCCUGGCCUUCUACCGCUUCUUCUCGCGGCUGACGGCUACAUUCGAGCCCUGAGAGAUUUUGCCGGACAACACGGAAGAAAAAUAAGGAGAGAGACAAUAACAGCAACAACAAAAACAUCAUCAUCAUCAUCAAUUGUUUUUUUCGUGUUCUUCUACCGAUUGUAAGCUUUUUUUUUUUCAAUUACUUCUAUCUACGCAAAUGGCGGGAUAUGCAGAUAAUAUCCCUUUUUUCGUGUUUUCUUUUGAAACAUAUUUGCUAGCGACAGCAGCUUUUUAAUUUUACCAAGUGCCAUCAAUAUGACAAAAGAGUGAUGUCAUUAACUAGUGUGUGUUUUCCGUCAUCGCUACAGAAAAUGGCUUAGUCUCCUUUCUGUGUGUGUAUGUAAAACGUACAACGUCGGUGGGGAGGGGGAGAGUCGAAUCCUCUUUCCUCCACCUUCUAACAGGACCUGUGCAGAGUUAUUUUUUCCUUUGCUAUCUCUCUCUCUCUCCAUGAUUUUCUACUGUCACACAAAACACACACCCCUCCGAAGAAUGUUGUUCCUCUUUGUUUUUCAAAUGCUUAGUUUUACGGCAUAGUUGGCGUGCAAUAAUAGGCUCCCCUCAAUGAUUUUUCUUCCUUUUAUUUUUUUUUUCUUUUGCUGUCCGUCCUACCUCUGUCUAUCCACCAGCUCAUUAUCGUCGACAUCUUUCUCUUGUGUGUGAGGGAAAGUUUAAUAUUUUUCUCACCAGCCAACGACAUUAUUUUCAGCUUCGCGCGUCUUCGACUUGAAAGAGUAAGAGUGGAUCACAUAAUAUUGAUUUGAUGGGUCAUUGAUUUACUCGUUCUGCUCUCCAGUUUUGUGUCACUUUUCCUCCUUAAGGUCUUUGGCGGAUAACCAUCCGGCGAGAUGGAUAACCAUCGCUGGGAGGCCUCGGAUCUUAAGGAGUUUAUGAAAAAUUUCAACCAACAACAAACAUGUUCUAUGUUUUGUAGUCUAGUCCUCUUCUACGGAUAUUGUACACACUCCCCAUUUUCUCUCUUUACUAUCCCACCUGCCCCUGCCCCGUGUCCUGUUAUUUAACUCGCCCCAUUAAACAUCAGCAACAAAAAAAAAGAAAGAAGAGAAAAUGAAAAGAAACUAACAAGACAAUACAAUACUUUGUUUUUUU